GGAUACAGUUUGAUAUCUUGUUAUAAUUUUGAAAUAUUUCUUUUUAGCGUUUGUUUUCCUUUUGUGUUUUGCGCCGUUUGCUCCUGCCUCGUUCUUUCCUUCCUUGUCAAAGUCAUUUUGGGGCUCGCACAGUGGUCAGCUCUGGCACCCAGCACCUGGCAAGCCCACUAUCCCACCCACUCUUUGGGGAGGAGGAACCCACCAGUUGAAAAAAGUUGGCUUUUCGGGGGGGCAUGUUGCCAUUUUCUCCUUUGUCCCGGCCGUCAUUGCGCAUUUGUCUGUACAAAAGCCAAAGAAUAUCAAAAAAAGAAUAUCAAAAACAGACACAAGAAAAGAAUCAAAAAGAAGCGGAUUCUGAGUCGAGCCUUGUUUCUGCCAUUUUCAAUACGCACUGUUCCAACAGCACUACGUGGAAAACACAGACACGCUGCUGCAGCGCAACGUUUGAAAGCCCGCACAGCGCUCUCUUGGCCGCAGCGCUCCUUUUUUUCUCCUCCUUGCACCGUACAACCACUCAGUGCUUUUGCUAAAGCCCGGCGCAUUUCUUUGUCCUUUUUUGUUGGCAGAGAAAAGAAAGAAAAAAGAAUCCCAGUCUUUUGCUGCAACCCAGAAAAGACAAUCCAUCUUUUUUCUCGAUUGGCGCUAUUUGGACGAAACAUAUCCUUCGGCUUAUCUUCCCCGCCGCUUCAACAUCAUGUCCUACUACGAGAACGCCAACGUCAACAACCAGUGGCCGGUUCCUACCCCAACUACUACUGGUUGGGACAACGGGGCUGCCACUCCCGUCCGUACCGGCGCUAGCGCACCUCAACCGCAAGACGACUAUGCUUUUUCAUACCAGUUUGAUGAGGUCGAUCGCGCUCAUGAGAAUGUUCAAAAGUCUGGCAAGGGUUACGGCAUGAAUGGCCGUGGUAGCCGUGGCCACUCCCAGGCUGGCUCUCGCCCUCACUCUGUGAGCAACUUGGAUGAUCCUCGCGCUCCUCCUGGCGGAAACCUCCACAACUUUUACGCCAACCAGCGACACCAGCCCUCUCGCAACUCCAAUGACCCUGAGCAGAUAAUGCAGACCAAGAGACGCCUUGCCGCCCAGCGGGAGCGCGAACUGCGCAACCUUCAUACCGAGCAGCAGUAUCAGCGAAAUGUCCUGGCCGAUGUCCCUCAUACUAACAAGCAUAUGUCUGAGGAAGAGACUCGUGAGCUGAUUGCCCGCCAGCGCAGUGCCCUUUACGGUGAAGGCCCUUUUGCUGAUAAGAGCGGUUACGUUGAUGAGAAUGGUAACGUCCGCACCGGCGCCCCUGGCCCCAGCGGUCCUUCCAGCAUCCGCGGACACUCGCCCCUGGCCUUUGAUAACCUCCACCGCGGUCCUCCUGGCGCCGACUCCAACACCCCCGGUUCUGCCGACAACAACGGUUCUGACCCUAGCCCACGCCCUCAGAGCACCACCAGCCCCCAGACCGGUGCUGGCCCCUCAAACAAGGUCUUUGACUCUGCCAUUGGCCCUCAAAGCCGCACGAGCGCUUCCAGCCCAACUGGAGGUUCGCCGCCCCGCGACCUUGCUCCCGGCUCCAAGCCCGGCCAGCCUUCCAACACUGUUGCGCCCAUCGGAACUCGCCCUGCUGGCACCCCUGGCAGCGGCACUCAGUCGGCCAAACGAUCUACAACUCCCCUUGCCCCUGGUUGGGGACGCGGCGGAAGCGGCGUUUGGGGACAGAGCUCUUCUGGUCUCGGUACGCAAGCUAGUGUCUGGGGUUAGUUGACCGGACGUCGCUUUGGACGAGAUGUGGAGAGUGUUGUGUAAAUGGGCACCCAUGAUAUUGGAGAAAAGAACCGGGUGUUUUGUUUUUUUUAUCAUUGGACUGGCGGAUUGCAUUGGCAUUUUCAUUUAGGCGCAGGAAAUCGGAGCCUGGGAGUGGCAUUUGGGAGAUUUAUUAGGGUGUUCUGUUUGCACAUUGCACAAGGGGCACGGUGGGCAGCUUGCCGUGUUUGGUCGACUUUGUAUCGACACAUUCCUGUUUUGGUCCUUUAGGUUUUACGCGCGUGGUGUUUUCAUUUUCAAACGGCAAGGCACCCAAUAGGCAUAUUGGAAGAGACAGGAUUUGCAGAGGAGGCUAAAGAUUGUUACAUACCAACGGAAGGGUCUGAUUCGGAGAAGGGAAUUCGCCGCUGCGGCCUGGCACAUUGUUUAUGGAAGCACAUUUUCAUCAUUUACAACUACGGAGUUGACUGCUUUUUGGGGCGCGGGUUCUACAUUGGCAAGGGAAGCGGAAUAUCCUUGAUAUCACGGCGCAAUUCGUGUGUGUUUUUUGGACACAGAUUUUAUUGUGAGGCAAGCAAGAGGAUGAAGACGAAGAAGACGAAGAAGAAGACGGUGCAAUGUGGGUUCCGUCAAAAAGAGGACGACAAUUGCGACGUAUCUUGGCACAAGAGCAACGCUUGAUUACAGCUAAUCCCCAUCUCAUGGUUAGCAAUCAGCCGGAGCUCGGUGCAAAGACGACAACAGGGGACGACGAACGACUCGCAGCAUAUAUCGGCGAGCAACUUCGGUAAUACGAAUCACAUGAGGUGUGAUUUGGCAAAACAUAGUACAAAAGGACAAAAAAAACAUACCAAGGUCAUUUGUGUUUCACACCGGGACUGGGGAACUGGGAAACGGGAGUUUUGUUUUUAUGUGUUUUAUCCGGGUCUCGAACCAGGCGGAAGUUGGCGCGAAUCACAUAUCCUUAUUUUCCUUGACGGAUUUUUGCAGGUUUUGUCAUCUUUCGGAGCAGGACAUUGGUAAAUUACGGCGAGCAUGGCAAGGGCAAGUGAAUUCGCAAGACUGUGUUUAUAUGGAACAGACAGCAGGGUUCGGUUUAGGUUUUUUCAGGGAGUUUGUCAUUUUAUUCGGUAUCUUUGCUUACGGGCACAAGUUGUUAAUAUCUGGUUACGCUUCACAUAUCUACCAAAAAUACACGUAUAUGAGGCACAUUCGGGACAAUACGCUGUGACCGUAGACUGGCUCUGUGAAGAUUCCACUGUAGCCAGAUUAUUUGAAAACGACAGGGAAGUGCUUCUUUUGUUCGUUACCUAAAUAGGCAAGUAGACGACAGGUGCCUUUGUAAAAUGAUCCUUGUUUUGAGACACUCGGCUACCAGCUUAGCGGGAUGCAAUGCGACGCUGGCGGUCAACGGGCAUGCCACACCCCCUCUCUCUAUUUAUGGUUUGACCGUCUUUUCCGCCGAGAUGCAAGCAGUGGCUACGGCUGAUACUCAUAUUGGUAUGUAUAGUUCUAGGUAGGCAGUAAUGAACCUGUGGUCGAAAAAGGAAUCAGUCGAUAUCUUACAUAGCUUAGGAUUGCACUGCGACUAUUAUGACAAUAGCUGAGAAAAUACGUUAUACAUUAUCUAAAGAACUACUACUAUACGUAUUGACAAACAUUUACAGACGCGCUUUUCCGAAGCUUCACCAUUCUACUGCUUGAGCCCCUGGAGGAUAACAUCCGCCGCCUUCUCAGCAACCAUGUACGUGGACACGGCGGUAAAGGUACCAGGAAUACGGGGGUAGACGGAAGCGUCGACGACACGGAGACCCGAAACGCCACGGACGCGGAAGCUCGAGUCCAAAACGGCCAUGGGGUCGUCGUCGGUGCCAAUGGGACAUGUGCAGGAGGCAUGGUGGCCCCAGGCGGUGUUCUUGGCGUAGUUCUGGAUGUCCUCGGUGCUUUGGAUGUCUUCUCCAGGAAGGACUUCGUCAAUAGGCACGAGCUGAUUCUUGAACGCGCUUCUGGCGACACCGACAGCCUCAGUCAGAGCCUGGAGAUCUUUGCCGUAGUCGCCGGUACCAUCGUCAAAGUAGUGGAAGUUGAUUUCGGGGGCAUCAAGAGGGUCGCUGGACUUGAGCAGGACUGAACCGGCAUUGUUGCGGGGGUGAGCCUUGAGAAUGGCCCAUGUGUAGACGUUGUGGCUGAAAUAGACAGGUUAGUAUACAUGACUGAUGGUGAUGAUGUCGCAAUGGGGGACAUACUUUUGAGUGAUGUUGACACUGUAGCCGGUAAAGUAGCCGCGGAAGUUGACGGGACCUGAGCAAAGUGUUAGUGUUGGGGCUUGGGAUAAUGGAUUAGGUAGACAUACCGCCAAAGAUGAAGGCGUCGUACUCGCCACGCUCAGUAGCAGUGCUCUUGUGGAAGAUGGUAACACCGAGACCGCCAGAAGUAUAGGUGCCCUUAUCACCGAGGAAGGGGUGCUUCCACUUCUCCAGGCACGGGUCGGCUUGGCCAUUGAAGCCAAAGGUGCAGCCAUCGAGGGCGAUGAAGUCGGUAGGGGCAGUGCCCUGCACAGCAAUCUCGUAGUGGUCCUGCAGGUUGGUGCCUACACCGGGGAGGUCGGCAACGACGGGGAUAUUGAACUUUUCGAGUUCAGCGCGGGGGCCAACACCGCUGAGCUUGAGGAUUUGGGGCGAGUUGUAGGCAAAAAGCAAGCAAACUAGAUUUGGUAUAAAAUGUGCUAUAUAUGCAAAGAGUGUGGGGCGUACAUCGCCCAUAUCAGAAAAGAAACCCAAAAAAGAAACAAGAUUAUGAGACCAGGAAUGCAAAUUAACAAGAUUUCGUCACAAGCACCGCAGAACAAAUAAGGUGUGCCUUUGCUACGCAAGCGGACUAGCAGCUUGGCUAGGUAGCGUCUAGUGAAAGAGAGUCAAGGAGAGAGACAAUUGUCAUAGCGUGAAUGGUCGUCCAAUACUCAGUGUUCACCAGUUAUGGUAUACUAGUAGCCGUUGCCUUGGUAGCGGUUCUGCUGCUGUGGCGGUUGUUCCUGGCCACCAGCGUAGUUGGCACCUGGAGCACCGCGAGGUCCAGGGCUUUGCAUUCGCUGCACUCCAUACUGCUGAUCUGGUCUCAUGGCGCCGGGGCUGGCCAUACGCUGGAUGUUAUAGGCAACAUCAGGGCGGACGGGUGACGGGCUGUACAUUGGCUGUGCUGAUGCUGAGCGCUGAGGAGGCGACAUGGGACCUGGGCUUUGCAUUCUCUGUUGGCCAUAGCCUUGCUGAGGGCCUUGGGGAGCUGGUCUCCCAUAGCCACCAUCGGUGGUAGCGGAUCGCAUCGGCCCACGGGGGUAUCCGCCCUGUGCCAUUGGCGGGCCUUGGGGACGCAUCUGACCGGGAGAGGAGGGCGCGGGAGACGACGGGGCUGACAUUCUCAGUCUGGCGGCCUUGAGCACGAGGAGGAGAGCCACGGGGUGGUGAUCUGGGCGACGCAUUAAGAGCAGCGGCUCCAACAGCGGCACCAGCACCGACACCGGCCAUUUUGGCGUUGUGAGCAGCCCAAGCGUCUUGCUUCUCCUGGGCGACGGUGUCGAAGCUUUCACCUCCAGAGGUUCCAGGGGGUCCAUAUUCUUGGCCAUGCUCAGUGAAGGAGUCGGGGUUGACACCGCGGCGUUCGAAUUGGGCCAUCUCCUCACGUUCGCGAGCAGCAUCUUCUUCGGCCUUCUUGGCUUCAGCAGCACCAAUACGACGUUGGCGGAUGUAGUACCAGAUGAGCGUGCCGAGAGCAAGAGCGCCAACACCACCAGCUGCGCCAUAGAUACCCAUCUUGGCUCCAGGAGACAGAGCUUCCCAUCCUGAGGGGCCGCCGGGUCCUGAAUUCUUGAUAGCCUCGACCGCUGUGGAGUUGCCUUCGACAACCUUGAUGCUUUGCAUGGAACCAGAUUUAUCACCCCAAACGUACUCCUUGCUGCCCUUGGUAAAGUCUUCGACGAAAACAGACUUGACGUGCAUGGUGUAUGGGCCCUUGCUGUAGUCAGUGUCACCACCAGCCCACUCACGGGUGCCUUUGGGCAUACGAGGAUCGCCAGCAGCCCAGACGCCGAUACUGAUUAACAUUGGUGUCUGGGGGUAGUUGACCGUAUUGUUGGCAUCCUUGGCAUUCAGAGUACGGAUAUUGUUUUUAUUUCUUUUGCUGACGAGAUUUCUUCCGAUUGUCUAUGUUAUUUUCGACCUGCAAAUAAACCAUAGAUAUCUUUGUUGGGGUUCCGAUCGUGCGGUUGAAAUUGGGCAACGCUGAAGGGAUAAUGAGCGAGGGUUGUGAAAAUCGAGCAACACUGGCAAAAGAGAGCGAUCCAGCGAUGUCAAAAUUCUAUAAACAAGACACGAUAUAAAAGAAUGACAGCCCGAUACAACGGACGAUUGGAACAAGUUGUAGAAGAGAAAGUACAAGAGAGGAGAGAAAACGCGGAAGCGCCGCAGGGC